GACAAACAUUCCAGUUUCGUUCUCAUUAAUGACAAUUGCACUGGAGUCGACUAUUGCUACGGUACUUAAGCGUUAUUACGACACUUACUGCAAUGAGAACGCCGAUUACAACAAAAACAACAACGAGUUCUGAAAACCCGUGACAACCUUUGUUUCCCUAGCCCCUGCGUACGUGGAACAUGCUAUAUAGACAGCGACAACGAUCAAUCAAUCUUCUGUCUCUGUCCGAGUGGCUUUACUGGCAGGCAUUGUGAAAUGGGUAGCGGAAACAAUCCAACUUUUUUCUGUCUGUGUCCGAGCGACUUCACUGGACACCAUUGUGAAACGCGGGGAAGACAGUACCAUGCACACACGACUGGGCAUAGCGGACACACACCUUCUUGUGUCGCGAGGCCGGAAGGCCUAAAAAGAAACAUCGUAUUCGCCGCGAGCGACAACUUCAAUACUACAUGGGAGAUACCAGACGUACAGCCGGACAACGAUCAACAACAAUAGACCUGCGAUGAUUUUCCGCUUUAUUUCGAUUUACAUUAUUUAUAUUUUAUAACAAUACCUACUGUUAUUUAUUUUAGCACAGACGUUCGUCAAAAUCUAGUUGUUUUCCGCAGAUUUUCCAUCAAACAUGUGUUUAUAUGAACGAAAUGUUCAUGUACUUCAAAGUUCAAUAGUUAAAAGUUAAAGAUUUUUUUUGCAUCAUAAAAUUAAAAAAAAAUCAAAUUAAGGGAGAACGUUGUUGAACGUAACGAAUGAUUGAACAUUAUCUAUUUAACAUUAGGAAAGUCAUUUAUUUACAAAAAGAACAAUUUUAUGGUGUGGCCUUAUGUUUACACAAACAAUUAUUUAAUGGCGUGGUCUUAUUACAAGUUAUUAAUUUAUUUACAUAGCCGACUUCGCCAUGUAUUGUCAAGCAGAUAGGCCAAACUGUCGUUUUAUGAGCUAUUUUCCUUUGGUAUUAACUUUUCCUGUUAUUACAUUCUAUCGUCUUGUGUAUAAUUGGUAUUUAAUCAGUCACUGUUUGUGUUAAAGGAGGAAGACAGUACCAUGCACACAACUGGGAAUAGCGGACACACACCUUCUUGUGUCGCAAGGCGGGAAGGCCUAAAAAGAAACAUCGUAUUCGCCGCGAGCGAUUACUUCAAUACUACAUAGGAGACACCAGACGUACAGCCGGACAACGAUCAAUAAUAUUAGAUCUGCGAUGAUUUUCCACUUUCCGACAAUUCCUGCCAACCCGUGUUCCCCUAGCCCCUGUGUGCGUGGAUCCUGUUAUAUAGGCAGCGGAAACAUCCCCACAUUCUUCUGUAUGUGUCCGACUGGCUUCACUGGACUGCACUGUGAAAUAGUUUUGACAACUCCUGCCAACACAUGUUUCCCUAGCCCCUGUGUGCGUGGAUCCUGUUAUAUAGGCGGCGGAAACAUCCCCACAUUCUUCUGCUCUUGUCCGACUGGCUUCACCGGACUGCUCUGUGAAACAGUUUUGACAACUCCUGCCAACCCGUGUUCCGCGAGCCCCUGUGUGCGUGGAUCCUGUUUUAUAGGCGGCGGAAACAAUGCCACAUUCUUCUGCUUGUGUCCGACUGGCUUCACUGGACUGCACUGUGAAACAGAUAUUGCCACAACUUCGUCCCCAACAACGCAUCCAACACCAACUACCAUGAUUACGUGUCCCCCCCAUCCAAGACGGACCGCUAGCAGAUACAGGGUGUUUGAUCGGAGCUGUUACGAGUUCGUUUCUACGCAUAAGAGCUGGUCAGCUGCAGAGGUCGACUGCAGAUCACAGGGAGGCUACUUGGUAAUCAUUGACAACGGCAAAGAGCAGGACAUGGUGCAUAGAGUUGACACUUCGCUGCUUAAAAAUGAUUCCUGGAUUGGACUUAAUGAUAUAAAUUAUGAAGGUCAUUUCGCAUGGGUUUCAGGAAUACGCUCGACGUUUGCUAAUUUUGGCAUCACUCAUAGCCACAUUUUGCAUGACUGCGUGAUCAUGCGCCGGCACGACGGUAAAUGGGACGAGAGACAUUGCAACUGGCAGUUUCCAUACGUCUGUGAAUAUGCUGGGCACAACAAUCCUGUCGUUAGUUUGAUCGGUUGAUUACCGCAGCCGUUCGUUAACAGAAAUAUCUAUUGAUUGAUCCCGACAUAAAGUGAUAUAGUCACAAAUAAAAGUGUUUACUC